AUGGACACAGAGGUGGAGCGCAGGAUGUCAGGGUCUUUCGAACGACGGUUCAAGAGCAUACCAUUACGGCAGGAAGGCAUGUCUUCAAGUUCACAAGUCGUCGAGGUUCAUAAACCAGUCGAGUCUGAGCAGAGACCUUCCUACUCAACCCCAGCUGAAGAAAACAACGAGACAAGGGCGAAAAAAAUGCUUCUUCAAAAGAAUCUGGAGCAAGGGGUGAGCAAUACUGUCCUAUGGGAAAUUGUAUCCCCAUUCGAUACGAGUGUGACCACUUUGCUAUUCCAACACUCAAAUCUCCCCAACCCAAUAUGGACCAGGAGGGCCAAGUUAUACCGUCAGAAUGCGAUUUUUGUUCAUCUGAUUCAUGCGGCAAACCUAGCAGCCGCCGCAUGGAAGAACAUGCCAAGAAAAUGCUUCCAUCGCCAUCGCCAAGGCAAUAUACCGGUAUUCCAGAUCGGAUCGUUUCUCGUGCCAGAGAGGCCUAGCACGCCUGAACCUCCAUCAAACAGGAAUCUUGAGGAAACAAGCAGGUACAGACGAGCCAUUGAUGCCCCUGAGAUUGCAAGCUUCCCGAGUCAGCAAGAGGGGAGAAACCUGCCCUCAGGGCCAAGCACCGAGAUGAGAGAGAAUCCAAGCCCGGCUGAAGCAAAUAAGCAAAAGACAGUUGAGUCCAUUUCGCCAGUCGGGAAUGUUAGCGACCCUGAUCAGACCAAUCCUGCCGAAGCCAGCACUUCAUGGAAGUUACCUGAAGUCGCUAAGCAACCGCCAUUGGACGUUCGUAUAUCAAGAGAGGUGGGCAGAUCUGCCGUGGGAACCGCAUCAGUUGAUGACACCAACGCAAGCAAGGACAGGAUCAACACACCAGCAUCGGGCUUUAUCGACGAGAAGACGAAUGUUGGUCCCAGGGGAGAUAUACCUGAGGAGGAAACCGAGGAAGUAGUGACCUUCCCUGAUCCACUGAAGGAUGAACCAAAGAGGUCAACCGAAGAGGCAGAGUCGAAGGCAGAGGGGGAAAGGGAAGCUGCUCAGCCAAUAGCGUCGUGA